AUGACGGGUGACAUGGACAAGGGCAGUGUGAGGAAGGACAUGUUUAAUGGAGGCCCCGCCCCCGACCCAACCUCCAAUAUGUCUUCCUCCCACUCCAAGCCUGCUGAGGAAGACGUGAAGGCUACCGUGCUACAGAAAGAGGUGGGCCUUUUGAGUGGGAUCUGUCUGAUCGUAGGAACCAUGAUCAGAUCCGGUAUCUUCGUCUCCCCUAAGGCAGUGCUGCUGGAAAUGGGAGCCGUAGGACCAUGUCUGUGUGUCUGGGCCGCCUGCGGGUUGCUAGCUACACUGGGGGCGCUGUGCUACGCGGAGCUGGGCACCAUGAUCACUAAGUCUGGAGGGGAAUACGUGUACUUGAUGGAGGCCUAUGGGUCAGUGACGGCCUACCUCUACUCAUGGAGCACCAUCAUGGUCCUACAGCCCUCCGCCUUCGCCAUCAUCGCCCUGAGCUUCGCAGAGUACACAUCCACACCGUUCUACCCAGGAUGCACUCCUCCCAUUGUGGUCACCAAGUGCCUGGCUGUAGUGUGCAUAUUAUCCUAG